GCUGCCUGAAAUCGAAAGUUGUGGGUUCUUUCUUCUACUUCUUUUGCUAUUUUACUGUUAACAUGCACAGAAGAUAAUCUACGCCAUGGUUUAAAUAUUAACUGCAAACUAUCAAAGUAAAGUUAAUGUAAAAGAUUUUGCUGUAUAAUGGAAGGACAACAGAAAUCUCUAAUUAACAGACUACAAAAUUCUCCGGAGGCAAUUAUUAUUCUGUAUUUGUUUGCAGUGAUGUUUGUCUCUCCAAUCCAAGAGCAAUAUCUAUAUGAAGACUUCAGCAGGCAGGUUGGAUUUAACUAUAGCCAUAAGGGGUCAACAUUAAACCAAUGCCCAACCAAUAAACCUAUGAAUUCCACCAAUAGAAUUUUACAAAAAAAGGUCCAAUCUAAAGUUGCUACAUUCCUCACAAGAACUCAACUUUGUACAGCUUUACCUGCCACUUUUUUGUGCCUAUUUUUGGGCCCUGUUGUCGACCGAUUUGGAAGAAAACCAGUUAUCGUGUAUGGGAUCACUGGAACCUUCUUUGGAAGCAUUGUUUUAGUAUUAAUGGUCACCCUGAAACUGAACAUUAACUUUAUUUAUUUAUCAAGUUUGUUAUUUGGCUUAAGUGGUUAUUACAAUACAAUAAUUAUGGCAGUAGCGGCAUAUUUAUCUGAUAUUGUUGAUAAGGAGUUACUAGCCCUAAGAAUUGCUAUUGUGGAUAUGUUGGUUUUCGCUGGAAUAACACUUAGUAAUUAUUCAAGCGGUGUUUUCCUACAGAAGUUUGGUUUCCAGGCUUCAUUUAUCAGCGUAUCUGCCGCUAUGUUAGUUGCAUCGCUCUGUGCAAUGUUCCUGCUGAAAGAAUCAUUACCUGUUGAGAAAAGACUAAAAGGAAGCAUGCUGGCUUGCUCCAUGCCGUGCCAGGCCUGUCGUGUUAUGUUCUCUUCAAGACCGAAGAAGUGGAAAUUUCUAACAUAUGCUGCUAUUAAUUUACUUCUUGUAUUAUCUGCUCCUGGAUCAAUCUUGCCGGUGAUGGUUUUGUAUUUCCUAAACACACCGUUCUGUUGGUCACCUCAGAAUAUUGGCUACUAUCGUGGCACCUUCUUUGCAGUGAGUGGUAUUGGUUGCGUCAUAGGCGUAAAAAUAUUACGAAAAAUAUUUUCUGAUAACUCCACCCUGGUUCUUUCUAUACUAUCGUCUGCAGGAUAUUUAGUGGUGAUAGCGUUUUCGAAAACUAUGCUAACGGCUUAUUUAGGUUUACUGGCGUGUAUCUUCGGUUUUGUUUCUAAUCCUAUUUUGAGUGGUUCGCUAUCGGGGAUGGUUAAGCAAACAGAACAGGGAUCUUUGUUUGCCUUUCUAAACUGUUUCCGCACGAUGUUUACCUUUUUUGGAAAUCUGUUGUAUCAAAAGUUUUAUCAAGCUCUCAAUGAGCAUGACCGAGCUGGUGGAACGUUUAUAAUUGGAAGUUUCACAUGUGUCUUUCCGCUUCUUUUAAUAUUACUUGUCCGAUGUAAGGAUACACAGAGAAUUGUUGACAUGCAAAAUAACAAUGUGGAUGAUCACGAGAAGAAACCCUUGCUUGAAACAUGAAUGCUUACCAAACAUCCUUGUUCAACUUUCUAUCCAUAUUUUCUGUUUUUUCCUUUUGUUGUUGUUGUUGUUGUUGUUGUUGUUGUUGUUGUUGUUGUUGUUGUCGUUGUCGUUGUCCUUGCUUCGAUACUAUUUUUCUGUUUAUUAUUUGUCGCUACCUUAUAUACAGAUGGUAUUUUUGUAAUUUUAUAUUGUAGUUAGUUUUCUUUUAACUCUUUUUUUUCUCAUUUUUUUAUAUAUAUAAGGGUACUCUUUCAACAAUUAUAAUCGUCAUAGUAACGCUUUAUAUCUUCUGUAUUUUUCCCAUCAAUAGACCAUUUUAAGUUUUUGGCUAUUUAUAGUAGAUUUUGAUGGUUAUUUUGUUCGCCUAAUUCAACGGAAAAAAUUCUUAUGAAAUUUUUUUACUUUUUUAGCAUUUAAUCUACGUCCAUGACAUGUAUGUGUCGAUAGGGGGGUUACUGACUUUUUAACUCAUUAGUUUAAAUUAUACUUUCAAACUCCUAUAAUAAAAAUUUUACUGUAAUUUCAUUGUAAAUAUGAUGUAAAGAAAAUUUAUGCUCUUAAAGAUAAUCAACAUGA